AUGAUCCUUUCUUCCCUUUUAUUCUUCGCUGCCAGCGCGGUGGCGUUGAUACUCGACGUCGCCUCGUCUGGAGGCAAUCAGUCAAGUUCCCUCCUGUACGGGGUUUUAUACGAGGAUAUUUAUCACUCCGGCGAUGGCGGCCUCUACGGGGAGAUGCUCCGGAACCGAGCUUUCCAAGGGUCGUCGUCCGGUGGAGCUGCCAGUUUAGCUCGUAACACGGAUUAUUGGCAUCCGUUUGGAGGUGCUACAAUUGCCAUUGACACAUCUUCUCCCAUCAUUUCGUCCAGUCUGCCCUACCAGAUGCGAAUGGACGUCCCAGCGGGAACCAAGGGGACUGUAGGAUUCUAUAAUGAAGGCUUCUGGGGCUUCGACGUGGAUGCCACCAAGCGUUACGUCGCUAGUCUCUACAUGCGGGGCAAUUAUUCAGGCACUGUCAACUGCUACUUCCAGAGCAACACGACCGGGCAGAACCUCGGAUUGACUAGUAUGAGUAUCGAUCAAACGUCGUCUGCGGGAUGGGUACAGAGCCACUCCGCGACAUUCCAGCCGAGCCAGUCUGGUUCCAAUGGCAACAAUACGUUUUAUUUCACGUUUGAUGGGUCGAAGCUCGCUGGGCAAAGCGUAUAUUUCAAUCUUCUGAGCUUGUUUAAGCAGACGUUCAAUAACCGGUUCAACGGUGUGCGCGAGGACUUGGCUGACUCGUUAUUCAACAUGAACGCGAAAUAUAUCCGACUACCUGGUGGGAAUAACAUGGAGGGCAACAAUUCUCCUUAUGAAUGGAAAUGGAAUAGAACCAUCGGUUCUCUUACAGAUCGUCCGGGCCGCCCAGGUAGCUGGGGCGAUAUUAAUACCGAUGGAUUUGGCCUUCUAGAGAUGAUGCAGAUGGCACAAGAUCUGGGUCUUGAGGUGAUUCUAGGCAUCUGGGCUGGACUCUAUCUGGACGGCGAGGUCAUAUCAGAAGCCAACUUACAGCCAUAUAAGGUUUCCGUCAUGAAUGAGUUGGAGUUUCUACUAGGAGAUAAAUCAACCACAUACGGGGCUCAACGAGCUGCUCUGGGAUUUCCCUCCCCUUUUCCCAUCAAAUGGAUUGAGAUUGGCAAUGAAGAUUAUCUUAACGGAGGAACAGAUUCCUACUAUGCAUACAGAUUUAUGACCUUCUAUAAUGCCAUCCACGCAGUAUAUCCAUCCAUCAAUCUUGUCUCGACCAUCAACCCAAACCCAGUCACAUCCAAGGGCAGCUCGCUAGACCUUCAUAUCUAUGGCAACGAGAACUACUUUGUUUCUCUUUUCGACACAUUUGACCAAGCUAGCCGCAAAUACCCCGUCUUCGUCAAUGAGUACGCAGCAACCAAUACUGGCUCGAACAACAAUGGGCAGGUGGGUGCCCAGACUCUGGGCAUGUCCUGUGCGGAAGCCAUCUUCCUCUUAGGCUGCGAAAGGAACUCGGACGUCAUCGUCGGCUCUGCCUAUGGUGCCUUGAUCAAGAACUACAAUGAAGCGCCCAAUACAGUGGCCGUGAUAAAACACACUGCAAACGAGGUCCUCUACACCAUCAGCUACUACGUCCAGAAGCUUUUCGCGGAGCAUAUGGGUACAAGGACUCUCCCCGUUACCGCCACGAAUGGAGGAUUUGGCCCCGUUUACUGGUCCGCAACAGCAAACAGUUCUUCCACUAUCCUCAAGCUCAUUAAUUAUGAUGGAAAGACCGGUUCGUCCAACGCUUUGCAGGUCAACAUCAAAGGUUCGUCGAAAACCUCUGCAACUCUGAUCACCUUGACUGCCCCAAGUUCCAAGAGUGUCAACAAUUUGCCGUCACUGGGAGGCGAAAGCAGUACUAUCACCACCACAACCUUGUCAGGGUCUGCUGGCAGCUUCUCCGUCAGCUUUAGCAAUCCUUAUGAGAUUGCUAUCCUGAUCGUCUAA